AUGGCUGUCACUCACAGCGAUAGACUUAAUGACUUAGAAGAGCGCAUGUUUUUCUCCAACGGCUCCGUGGAUGAUAGCGACCGUGUUCGCGCCUCACAGUCGAUUGACUUGUUUGUGUUUGCUAUAUUCCUGUACAUACAGCAAAUUAACAAAAUUUCUUUACGAGCAUCAGCCGUUUCUGCGAACGCAGAAUGGCCAGGUAGUCACAACCGCUCCUCCGAACUGGAUUCAGGUCGUUCAACUCCUAUUCGACCUUGUCGAAACCUUGACGAGCAAUACCAUCUGCAAUUUGUCACUGAAAAUCUCGCAGAACUACUUGACUUGCUAGUCGAACCCGAAGGAUACAGCCAAUCGGGAUUGGAUGCUUCACUCUCCGAGGAGGCUAUCGAUGCUCUCAAUCUCAUCCUUGAAGGAACGAUAGAUCAAGGCAGAUCACUGAGUUCAUUCUCCGAAUUAGUCCGCGCUCCGUCUAUACAACCGUCAACAGGCUACAUUAAGACUUCACACACUUAUCACUUGCGCGGCUUACAAUCUUGGAUUAGAUCGUGGCUAGCUUCCAACCCAUUCUCUGUUGAAAACUGCAUCAAAAAUGGUCGUCGUCUUCAGUGGAGAUUGCCAUAUCAACCACCCCCAGACUCAACACUCGCCCCGGGCACUGGAACUUCGCAGCAACAGCAACAGCAGUCGGAUGCCUCAAAACGCCAGAAAAUCGCGACAAAUGCUCAUCAAGUCCCUCGAAUCGGUGGCAGAAGUGGGAACAAGUUGGUCAUAAUGUCCAUGAUUUCUCGACAGAUAAUCGCCCGAAGCUCCGCCACACUUGACGGGUCUACCCUGAAGAUUCAUCGGGCGCAUUGUAGUUACCUUUAUUUGUUGUCCCCGAUGAGAUCGGUUACUCUAGACAAAUGUCGCAAACUGACCAUCGUUCUUGGCCCAAUCGAAAAUACCCUACAAUUGAAUCAUUGCGAAGACUGUCUCAUCGUCUCUGCUUGCCGUCGCGCUGUUUUGGUCGCCUGUCGUCGAUGCACUCUACAUCUGUCCAUCCAGUCCCAACCGAUUCUCAUCCAGCCUCCUGUUCCUACAGCGAACCCUACGGCGGGUUCCACUGGUGGUGGCGGCGGAUCGUCCACUCCUACUCCAGGAAAUUCCGGGAACACCACCGCCCCAAGUGGCGCUGCGACUGUGUUGGGCAAUGAGGAGAUUCUUCUGGCUCCUUUUCACACCACAUAUCUGCGUCUUCCGGAUCAUUUGUUACGUGCCAAUUUGAGCACCAAAGUUAAUUAUUGGGACCGACCUUUUCUGUUGGGACAGGACUCCAAUCGCACCGAUUCCGGAACCCAACUUCCUGGCCGCGGACGAUGCUGGGAACUGCUACGUCCAGCGCACUUCUACCCCUUCAACAUUCCUUUACUUUUACCGGCCAAAUUGGAGAAUGUGGAUACCACUGACAAUCAUCUUGCGGACGGUUCACCACGUCCUUGCAGCAGUGCCCUGGAUCUGAGUGCUGCGCUGGUGACUGAUACUUGUCAGUAUUUCACAGAGUCAGACUUCGACUUCGAUGGCUACGUGAAGGCAGUCAGCAAACGUCUGGUGAUCCCGAUUCCUGAACCAUAUCUGAUGGCAUUGAAAGAACGUGCUACCGUGUACCACAAGUGGCCCCAACACAUUGCAAAGACGCGUCUGACUUCGGAACAGAGACAAACCUUCGGUACGCUAGUUGACCAAAGGUUUCGGCAGUGGCUUUCGGAGUCUGGGAAUUUGCGGCAACUGCAGCUACUGGAGCUAAGCACAAGUCACUGUGCCUUACCGCAGCCUGGAAACAUCAUCGAUCAAUCAGCUGAAACAGGAACGAUCCCUCCAACUGGGUUUCCUAACACAGCUCCAGGGCAGAAGGUCACUCGGCCGAAUUCUGCAACGAUCAAAGCCAGUGGCGUCGUGGGUCGGAAUGACCGAACUCGCUCUGGCCUAGCGUGUGACAAUCGAGUGUUGAAUGGGACAUGUACCUCGUGA